AUGCUUGCGAAAUUUAGGAACCUCCAGCAACACAAUCAACGUACAAAGUCCUCCACACGCAGCAGCAGCAGCAAAAAAGCAUCAUCAUUUGACGACCCGAAGAACCCCUUUUCAGAUGACUUUUUGAUUGAAAGUGCGAAGAAGAAAAAGAAAAAGCCUUCGAAACAGAACAACUUGACGCGAUUUUUCAAAAAGGGAUUCAGAAGGUUGUGGCCGUUUCGUGCAGGGUCUAAACAGGUUGCAGGUACUCGAGCUGAAACGGCACCCGAGAGGGAAACUUUGCUCGAUUAUGAUAAUGUCCCGCCGGCGGGACAUGUCACUACAAGGUUGGCUAUGCCCGUGUUCCCACACCACUGUUUAGCUGACGCCAGAGACGAAGGGUACCGAGUCAACCAACGCUGCUUUUGCCUAUUCUCGGCAUGUUCCCAUAGGUCUUCAAUAAACUCCCUAUUUGAUGCCAACAACUCAAUGGAGGGUACUGGGAUCACAACCACCGAGUCUGUAGUUUAG